ACGUUCUGGAUGAACCAAAUUGACCAGAAGACACCUGGUACUGUCAAGCUGAACCUCUCGGUGCCAAGCGAUGCAAUGGUUGGCGUCUACGGCAGGAGAGGCAUGCUGCCCACUCACGUACAGUUUGAUUUCUUCAAAGUCAUAGAUGGUACAAGGGUUGGCCUCCGAUCAAAGAGAGCUGUGGUAGGUUUUUUGGUUGAUGGAGUAAACUUUUAAACCAAUGAGCUUGUUAACCUAUGAGCCCAGUAAUAGAAUAAUCUUUUCACAACAUUGGUAUUUCAUAAGGUCAUUUAAGAUGUGUUAACUUGCUGAAUACCAACUAGUAGUGACCAUGCUUUUCUUAAAAUCAUAAUUAAUUUUUCAAGUCUAAAGAAAUUAAAGUUGGAGAUACAGUAAUAGAAAUCUACAGCGGGAAUAUCUUUUGUAUUGAUUAAUUUAUAAAUAAGUUACUAAGUACUGAUAAAUACUGAUCUCUGCCUUCCUCUAGCGUACAGCUCUCCAACACAAAUAUUAAAUGAAAAUCUACAAAAUUAAUAAAUAGUUGUUUUAAUGCAAAGAAAAAAAAAUAUAAAUAUUUAAAUUAAGUCAAAAGCAUAUGGUUUAACUUCUAGUUUUCCCAUAUUUUUAUGUGUGCUUAUACUGUGAACUAUUCAACACAGAUGGGCAAUGACUACUUCGCUCGUGACACAGCACUUGUACAGUAUUUGGAUAAGGGGGAAUGGUUCAUUGGGAUAUUCAAUGACAGAGAAACAUACCAGUCUGUUCUCUUAACAGCUGCACCUCAUGGUAAGUACAAAUGGUUGAAUUUCAUGGAGUUGUGCUUUUAACUUUGUAAAAUAUGAAGAUAUGAUCCAUUCUAAAACACUAUUCCAAAUCUAUCACAACAGUUGAAGUUGAAUCAAUGCUUUAAAAGACCCUAAAACAGUGGUUCUCAACCUUCCUAAUGCCGCGACCCUUUAAUACAGUUCCUCAUGUUGUUGUAACCCACAACUAACCCACAACCACAAAAUUAUUUUCGUUGCUACUUCAUAAAUAUGUGUUUUCUGAUGGUCUCAGGCGACCCUUGAGUAUGGGUCGUUCGACCCCCAAAGGGGUCUCAGACCCACAGGCUGUGAACUGCUGCCCUGAAUGAACUUGGAAUUGUAGUUUCUAGGAAACAAUACAAAAUCAAGGGAAUAGUAGUUUCUAGGAAACAAUAUAAAAUCAAUAUUCAUCUGCAUGUAACGCAAAAUAUAUUGUGUUAAAUACUUCUUUUUUAUAUAAGUAUAGUUUUGUUAAAUACUACUUUGUUCUACAAAUAUAAGUGUUAAAUGUUAAAAAUAUUAUUUUCUGUUUUCUAGUGAUGGACACCAACUGCCCAGAUAAUUGUCACGGCAAUGGAGAAUGUAAAGACAGACAGUGUCGUUGUUUCCCUGGAUACACAGGCUGGGACUGUUCACAAGGUCAUUUCAUAAUUUAGUUUCUUGAAAUUAUUUUGAAUGUGGGAAGGGGAAAUGAAUAUUUAUUUUAAUUUAAGGGAAUCUCGAAAUUAUGUACCCCACUUUCCAGGGGGAAAACUCCCAGGUUUGCCCCUCUGUAUGGACACCAAGGUAUAUUUAGCGCCUCCUCCCCAGUAAUGUAUAUUUACCUCUUGGCCCAGAUAGAGUAAAAAAAUUUAAAGUGUGCCCCCUUAACAAAAUAUUUUUAGCAACCCCUGCUCUAGAAACAGAAGGCCACAAUAACAUUUUUUUUAUUGCAAAACAGUUAUGUUACCUGUUUUGUUCUUAUACCUUGUAGGUGUGUGUCCACUCUUGUGCAGUGGUAAUGGAGUGUACCUGAGAGGCCAGUGUCAGUGUAACCAGGGCUGGAAGGGGGUUGAGUGCGACCUGAGGGAGUCUGAAUGUGCUGUGCCCAGUUGCAACAGCAACGGUCACUGUAUCAAUGGUCAGUGCGUCUGCUUUCAAGGUUUCCAGGGACAAGACUGUGGAAUAGGUGGGUCAAGGUCAUUGUUUAAAUGUUUGUUUCACCAUCAGAAUUUCUUAAUGUUGUGAAAACACUAGAUGAAUAUAAUAGCCAAAUAAAACAGAAAUUUCUUUUAUUUUUAGUUUCUUAAGUGUCUAGUAUCUUUAUUUCUCAUGUUAAAAGACUAAAAGAAAACAAAACAUCGAAUUUCAUACAAGUAAUAAAAUAAAAUUUAAUAAGAUAAAUUUGAAAGUAAUUUUUACUAUCAUAAUUAAUAAUAGACAAGCAAAUUAAAGCAGUCUCCUUUAGAUUAUUUAAUAUUCAUCUAGAUGAGGAAAACAAAUCCUCACCUUUUUAACCGUUUCAUUGUAUUUUUAACUCCUCCCAUUCUUCAUAUUUGCUUUUACUGUCGAUCACCUGCAUGUUGUGUUUGAACAUUAUUUCUACCUCUUUGUUCAAUGCACUCAUUAUUACUAUCACUUUUUUUUCUCAUACAAAAGUAUUUUUAAGUGCACACUGGUAUACUGCUGCUGAAUUCAAAUUUAAGGAAAAGUUAACAACUGAAUCAGUUAUAUAAUAUAACACAUAGAUUAACAAACUUUGAGUCAAAGUCCCGUAUAAAUCUCAUUGCCUGGAGAAGUCUUAUAUAGUUGAAUGCAUUGAGUCAAAUUGCAGUGUAGUUAAAUAUUUUGAGAAAAAGAAAGGUGUAUUUUUUUUUUUUACAAGCUUUAUAUCUGUAAUAUACAUUUUUGUACAGAAUUUUAAUUUUAAAGAUCAAUGCUCAUGUAAUAUAGUAUUUUUACCAACAAUAUUCAAGGGUGCUUUCUAUCUCCUGUGAUACUUUUUAUUGAUUUUGUUCAGUAAAUGACAGCUCUUAUAAUAUUUAUAUCUUCUCAGGAAUUCUGUUGUUAUCCAGUCUGACAAUUUAACCCAGUUCAGCCUUCAUUAUAUUGGACCUACUCACUCCUACAUCCUCUGGCUAUUAAGAAAUAACUUAAUUUUGGGGCAGUGUGUUUUAAGGGGAAAUGGAAACUUUAUUUUUUAUAAAACAUUUAAAAAAUCAAGCAUCUUUUCUAAGGAUUUGAGUUAGACCUUCGACCAUUAUUUAGCUUUGUCACAAGAACCCCAGCCAUCUCUUUUAAAACAUCUUGAAUAGUUUAACAAAUUGAGUAUGUCUUUGUGUUAAUUGCCUGCAGUGGUGCCAGUGUCACUCUCACAGUCUUUCCUCUGAUCUCUAUUCUGAGCUGUUCUUUUCAGCUCAUUCCACUUCUUGCCAUUCCUCUCUUUCUACUGCCCUGUGGAUUCCAUGACAGAGUCAGGGCAAAAAUUCUAUUUGCUAUAUUCUAACAAUCCAGUUAACCAAUGAAAUAGAAAAAGAAAAUCUUGAAAGUUUAAAAACUAAAAUAGUAUAAAACUGUUGCUGUUGAGAAGUUCAUGAACUUUCGUAUGCCAUUUGUUUUAAAACAUGGCUCUAGCUUUUCUGUAGUAAAUAGUCACACGUCUUUAAAUCACGAUCUCCCUCCGAUUCCAUUGUUACUAAUGUCUUCACCUCACCCUCCUUUCUGUUUAUGGCAUGUGACUGCAAGCAAACAAAUUAAUGGAAAUAGUAUUUGUAAGUUAACUUGUAUAGCAUUUGACACACACACACACAAGUAAAUGCAUAAAAGAGCAGAGAAAUGUACAACAAUUAAAUUCAAAUUUAUCUCUACUUUUAUCAUUUUAAUAAUGUUCACCAUUAACAAGUUUUAUAUGGUAAGUGUUUACACAUGAUUUUAACUACUAGAGUGCAGUCUAUGCGAGUAUUAUGCAUUAAACUGUCACAUGACAGAGCAUAAUAAUAUAUCAUAAUUUAUGUCUAAUUCAAUAUGUAGGUUGUAAGUGAUAAAAUAAACUAAAGUAGACGAAAAGAUACUUGUGAAAAAUCAUGAUUAAAUUUGGAAGAUAAAAAAUGAAAUAUCGUAAACCUUUUUUUAGUCUAAUGAUUCUUGUAGCAUUCUCCUGAUAAGCUUGUACCAAUAUCAGGGAUUAUGUACAGAAAGAUACAUUAUUUUUGCCUUUAAUGUAAUCAAAAUGGUAAUCUUUUCAUUUUUAAACUGUAGUUCAGUAGGGCUGUUCGAUUGUAUUUAUAUUUUACUCUCCAGGUAAUCUCAAGUUAUAGUUCUUUGAUCUUGUAUGAAUUGUUCCCACCCUUACCCCAUCCCAAUUGACCCUUCAGUCACAUAUAAUUGUUCAGCUCUUAAAAUAAUGUAGUUUUAUUCAGGAAAUGAAUUACACUCAGAUACCUGCUUCUUUAAGCUACCAUUGGGAUUUCUGUAACCAGGAAAAUAAGAUAAUAUUUGAUCUUGUGCUGAUGAUGUGUGACAAUAGAAACAGUAGGACUUUGUCUUGUCCACUUUCCCUUAUAGUACACAGUAACCAUAUACAUUUUGCACCUGCACAAGGACUGGUUCCUAUUAAUGACCCCCCUCCCUAUUGUUGUCUGCUCUAGUGGACUGUAUGAUGCCCAAUUGUUCAGGCAAUGGUGCGUGCGUACUCGGCACUUGCCGCUGCUUUAGAGGGUAUAAGGGUCGAGACUGUAACACAGAAGAUAAGAUCAAUGUGACAAUGUUGUGCUCCAAAAACUGCUCCGGCAAGGGACUCUAUGAUGUGGAGGUGGGACGUUGUGAGUGUAGGCGACAUUUUACCGGGUACAACUGUGAAACAGGUAACCGCUUGUAGUUGAAAUCUCAGAAUGAUUUGGUUGAACUACAAUUUUGUGUUGGCCAGUAAAUGGACUAAGAGUUGAUGAUGCCACCCUUUGAUUUCUUGUAGUGGUUUGUCAUCCUACUAAUAGGCCUGCAAUUGCAUCAUACUUCUUUAGUUUUUUAUAUAUACUCAUCAUUAGAUAUUUUCAGUAAAACAUCAUUAGAUCUGAUUGGUUUGUCCACUUUAUGAACUAUGAUAUAUUGAUGUUUUCAUUAAAAUGCAGAGAGAAAAAAAAAUAGUUAUAGAAAUUUUAUGUAAUUUAUUAAUAAAACUGAUAUAUGAAAUAUAUUGUGUACAUCAACAUUUUUUUGGUUUAUAAAAUAAACUGGAUUUAGCUUAAUUUAUUUUUCUUUAUUCACCUUUUAUAGCAUUUUCAGCAUGACAAGCUUACACUAUAUUGGCGAUGGUGAUACAAUGUUAUACUGUUUUGGUGAUGUUAGUAUAAUGUUAUACUAUUUUGGUGAUGGUGGUAUAAUAUGGUGUAAUGUUAGUGGAGCUUAAGUGACAACUCCUUGUCAAUAAAAGUCCUACUUUCUAUGUCCAGCUAUAAUUAUUUUUUCUAUAGUUUAUGAUAAUUGAAAGAAAUGAUUACAAAUUUGCAUCAUCAGAAAAUCAAACCUGGAUCAGCAGGUUGGCUGGCAAGAAUUGUGCUUGCGUUAAGUUUCAUCUAACAUAAAAAAAUUCAUUUAAAAAUAUUUUUUUAUAGUGCAUGAUGCAACUGUUUCAAAAGAUUUGGCAACAGAGUUCUUGUCUUUUGGGGGCGUCUUUCUAAAGGAAACCUUUCAACUGGGCAUGAAUUAUUUUUCUGGUUAUUUACAUCAUUUGUAUGUACAGCGUAAUUACAUUUGGUAUUAUAUGGCUCAGUGAGUAGUACUGAAGUAGUGUUGGUGAUAAUUAGUGUAAUAUUAUUUCAAUUAAUAUUGACUGCUGUUAGAUGUCUAAGGUUUUAGAUCAAUAGUCCUAACAUUUUUGAAAACUAAAACUUCAUAUAAAAUGCUUAUAGGAAUUAGAAAGUCCAAAGAGGUUGUUUUCUUUUUUGUUGAUAAUCAUUAUCUUCCUGAUUUAGCUCCUUGCUCACUUUAUAACUUUGUCAUUUUUAACUCUAUCUACUAACAUUAUUUUACAUUUUUCAUCUGGUUUUUUUAUUUCUCUAUUAUUAUAGAAUUAAGUUUAAAUAUAUAUUGUUAAAUUAAGUUUUGGAUAUGUUGAAAAAGUAGACGUUCAAACCUUGUUUUUUUUCUCUACUUCAAUGUCUCACAUCUUGUUGAUGGCAUGCUCCCAUGUUUAUAGAAUCAUGUGCUUGAUGUUUGUGUCAUUUCUGAUUCCUUAUGAUUUCUCCCCGUAUUGUUUCAGCACGUAUGUAUUACAGUUACACUAAAACAGCAUUAAUAGUAAAUGGCUUUGCUUUUUGUUUAUCUGAUGCAGCUGAAUUCUUUGUUUAUUCUCUAUGAUUAAAAAUGAAAGAAUUUUAAAUCAGUAAUCACAAGAAAUAUAUAGAUUACACAGCAAGUUGUUAUAAGUUCAUUUUUGAAACAACUAUAUAAUGUCAUUUUUUGUUUUAAAAGUCUAUGUUUAAAUUUCCCCUAGAAGUGUUUUGACAGACAUUUGAAGACUAACAGUCACUUAUACCUAUCUUCAUAAUAAAUAUUAUUUUGAUUUAUGGUUGAUCAAAAUCAUCCUUACUUUUAUACAUUAUUUGAAAUCUUUAAACAGAAAAGUUCAUUGAAAUAUUCACUUCUGUCUCUUUGUAGAAAUUUGCCGCCUGGAGUGUGUGAAUGGGAAGUGUGAGAAUCAGAGAUGUGUGUGUUCUCCUGGGUGGGGAGGAGCACUCUGUGACCAGCUGGAGUGUAGCCACAGAUGUGACCUCCAUGGCUUCUGUAACAACGGCUCUUGUGUGUGUGACAAAGGCUGGAAUGGAAAGCAUUGCACUAUUCGUAAGUUCAAUUUUUACCAGUCAUGUUUCUGGUCUUACAUUCUCUGUCCUGAUGGUUUUAUUUCAAGCUUCCUAUACUUCCAAUUAUUUAAAUGUGUAUAAAUAGCUUGAUGCGGUCUACUCUAAUAACAUCAUAGGUUCUAAAUACAGAUGCAUAGUUACUUUUCAUUUAUAAUAUUGUAAAAUCAUGUACUUUAUGAAUUUAACUCUUAGCCUACUGAGUUAUUGUCAAUUUUUGGACUGACUUCAAUUCAUGUACUUGCAACAUACCAAUAGCUUCAAACUAAUAGACCAAUAGCCAUGAUGGCUGUAAUAAUUUAAAUUUGUGCAUUAGCAUAUAAAACUUUUUUCAAAAUAUCUUUCAAUUGAAAUGAUUAUGCUCGACCUAGAUGGGUGUCCAGGGGACUGCAACAGUCAUGGAGCUUGCAGACGUUUUAAAGAAGGCUGGCGCUGUGAAUGUAAGGACGGCUGGAAGGGAGAGGACUGUAACCUGGCCAAGGAGACUUCAUGUUCAGACAGAGUUGACAAUGACCAUGGUGAGAUUUAACAAGCAUUAUAUUCAUCAUGUUUAGACAGAGUUGACAUUGAGCAUGGUGACAUUCAUUAUAAGUAAUACAUUCAGCAGGUUCAGACAGAGCUGCCUGUUAUUUUGUUUUCUAUAUGAUGUGCAAACGUUUUCCAUCUUGUCAGAAUAACAUUUCUUUAUAUUUUUUUAGGACCUAGUAUUGUUAGAUCAGAUUUUAAAUUUAAUUCUAUCAAAGUUAGGGUAAAUUUUAUGUUUUUCUUAUGUCAUGAAUAUUUUUCAUUUCUUCAAAUUGUUAAAUAUGACCUUAUUAUAAAAAAAAAUUAUAAAUUUUUUUUUUUACAUCAAGUGAAAUGAAUUUUUUUUAUGUCCAGAUGGUCUUGUUGACUGUCUUGACCCAGACUGCUGCACCAGUUCUACCUGUGCUAAGAGUCCCUACUGUGAAACUGCACCUGAUCCUAAAGAAAUCCUACUCAGAAACAAUGCCCCUGCCCCAACUGCAUCAUUCCUGGAUAAGAUGAGAUUCCUGAUAGAGGAAAACAGUGUCCAGAUGGAUGCACCUAGAAAUUCUUUUAAUGAAAGGUUGGUAGAGAAAUAAGAAAAUAUGAUUUUACAAUUAUUUUAUAUAACAACUUAGUUUUCAGUAAAAAGUCAUUAUUGAAUGGCAUAUUUAUAAUAAUAAACUAGAUUUUGUUCGUCUAACACAAAUGUAUAGUCUUUUUUAAUUUCUUUAUUAAAUUUGUCAAAUUCCCUCAAUACUUACAUGGCUGUAAUUGGGGCCAGGACAGAUAUUGUUUUGAAGGAUCAAAAUUGUAUUCUAUUUAUAGAUAUAAAUAAGUUUGCCAGCAUUUUUUUGGGAAUGUGUGUCUUGAUGAUGUGAUUAGCUUUGUAUAACUGUUACUGCAUUUGAACUGUAGUUGAUACAAUAUUAAAAAUCUCUUGUAUUACAGUCAAGUUUCAGUCAUCCGUGGCCGAGUGCAGACACUCGAUGGAACCCCUCUCACAGGGGUCAGAGUUGGGGUCGUCACUCAGCCAUUGUAUGGCUACACUGUAACCAGGGAGGAAGGCCAGUAAGUUGAACACUUUGUGUGGAAAAUAUUUGAUUAAAAGUUGGUUCAAUUUAAAUUUUUUUGAACAGAAGAGUUUUAUUUCCAUGCUCAUUGGCUUCACCCCCCCCCUCCCGCACAUUUUUGAACAGAAGAUUUUUAUUUCCAUGCUCUUUGGCUUCACCCCCCCCCUUCCGCACCCCCUCCCUCUCCCUAUCUCCUCUUUCCUCCCCCCCCCACCCCCCUUUUUUUUUUGGUGGUGUUUUGCUUUGGUUUUUUAUAGUAUUUUUAUGUCAAGUUUAUCAAAUUUCCUGUUGGUGUGGUAACCAGUAAAUGUCCACUGUUCUCAGAUUGAACCUGGUGGUUCAAAUGAUUCCCACACAUUAUCAUGACUAUGUUUGUAAAAUAAAUAGCUUUUAGUCUACUUAUUUUUAAAUUUGUAAUUUUUGGGCAAUUAGAAUUUUAAAAAAUUAACUUUGUACAGAAUCAGAGAUGAAAAAUGGAAUGACGCCAAUAUUAUCGACAGAGAUGAAACAUGUACCAUUAAUUGUCUUCUUUAUUGUGCAGAUUCGACAUCCUUGUGAAUGGAGGCGGCUCAGUAACAUUAGAAUUUCUCCGUGAUCCUUUCUUGACUCAAAUGGCCAGUGUCCUGGUGCCUUGGAACCAGAUCAUUACAAUGGACACCAUCGUCAUGUCCAUUGAGAGCAGAGCCCACCUGAACGCAGGUACAACCUGCUCCAACCUGGACAACAACCAUGACCACUACCUCCUGAGACCCGUGGUGUUGAGUACCUGGCAGCACACCCAGCUCGGAGCUUGUCCAGACAGAAGCACAAUAAUACCAGAGUCACAGGUAGCUUUUGCAUUUCCUAAGAAAUCUUUAACCACUUUGUAGGAAGUUUUUUAAACAUUCUUCAUUAAGGGUGGUUUAGAUAUUAGUAGACCCUAUACAAAUAUUUUUUACCAAUUCUUUUGCAAUCAUUAAAUUAGUGCGUUAAAAGAAUAAAUGAAGUUGUACAAAUGAAUUCUUUCCCUUAGGUUCUUCAAGAAAGUUUAGACAUUCCUGGAACUGAUGUUCACCUGGUUUACCACAGCUCAGAGAGUUCAGGCUACAUGUCCCUCAUUAUGAUACAGAUGACACCUAGUGUCAUCCCACACACCUUGUCCAUGGUGCACCUCAGAGUUUCAGUUCAGGGGGUGGAACUCAGGAAGAUAUUUGAGGCUGACCCCAACCUUAAGUACACAUUUGCCUGGGAUCGUCUCAAUGCUUAUAAGCAGAAAGUGUAUGGCAUAGUCACUGCUAGAGGUAACCUCUCCUUCCUUAACUCAACUGGAGGAAAUUUGCCUGUAUAAAAUUUACUCAGAAUAUCACAAGUUCCUAUUGUUGAAUUGUAACCCCAAGCUAUUCAGUUAGAGCUUUCAGUUCCUUUACUUGCAAACUGUAAAUUAGACUUGAUGCACAUUUCAUGAUCUCAAUUUUACUGUUAAAUUAAAACUCAACUUCCUUGAAAUCUUCAGUGUAUGUUGGCUAUCAGUACCUGAGCUGUGAUCACAUUUACUGGGAGACCAGAAGUGCCACACUAAAUGGUUAUGACAUGACAGCUUCCCACAUAGGAGGAUGGAACUUAGACAUCCAUCACACGUACAACUUCCAGGAAGGUGUGUGUCUUCACAAUUAUAUAUUAAAAAAUACAUAUUUUUCCUCUAUGCUCCAUUUAUUAUAUAAUUGAUAUUUAACCAACGUUUUGACAACAAAAAGGAAACAUGAAAUAAAUGGUUUUUGUUUGAUAAAAACUCGCUUGACAUCAUUAUACCAGCUAUAAAUAAAUCCGCUAUUUAACCACAAAUUAUCACUUUUCUACUUUUGCCCUCAUCUCUCAUUAGGUAUUCUGCACAAGGGAGAUGGCACCAACAUUUACCUAAAGGAAAAACCUAAAAAAAUUAUGAACAUACUUGGUAAUGGACACAGGCGCAAGAAUAACUGUGAGGCUUGCAAUGGGAAGACUCUGGAUAACAGCCUGGAAAACCCCAUGGCUCUUGCUUCAGGAUUAGAUGGAAGUCUUUAUGUUGGGGAUUUCAAAUUUAUCCGCAAGCUUUCACCAUUGAGAGAAGAGAUUGCCAGCAUUUUACAACUUAAGUAAGUCACCCAGAUGACUGACACGUAGAAAAGCACCUUAACCAGGCAGGGAGAUCAAUUGUCUUCUUUAAAAGUCACUACAUACAUAUUAAUUGAAAAAGGAAAUACCUGUCUCAAGAUAAUGAGACCCCUAAAACAAUUUUAUAUUUCUUUUCCUGAACCACAUUUAUGUAAUGAAUGUAGUCCUUAAAUUUGACUGAGAACGACAUGUAUUUAUUUAAAUUAUAGGUAUUAAACUGGGUGACUUUUGUUUUAAACUCUUGAAAGAUUUUUUUUAAAGUCUUGAAAGAUUUUUUAUUUUUAAAAACUCGCUAAAAUAUUUUACAGUAGUGCCGAUUUUCUGAACUAAUAGAGACCGGUAGUAUUUCAGAUACUAAAAUUUUUUGAUAACCCAACACUGCCAUGGAAAGGUUGCACGAAAGAAGUUAGUGCACAGAAAACGAAAUGUUCUUGAAUUAUAGUUGUUAUAUUUUUUAUGCUUUAAUUGCUGAGUUUCUUAAAAAUAUUUUGCUCGCGGCCACUUUAACAUGUUUAGUUAGCUUCAUGGCCCAUUUCUCUGUUAUUAAAUAUUUAAAAACUGCUAUUUUUUUAUAAAUGAAGUGCUUUUUGUGACCCCCAAGAAAUAUGCUGUAGCCCCCCUGGGGGCUAUAUGGCCCACGUUGAGAAACACUACUUUAAUAUGCAUUGCAUUAACAAUACCUCAUGAUGUAUAAGGGUUAGUGUCAGCUGAUUGAUGUCAAAACUUGAAAGGACUAGAAUGUUGUUUUAUGGGAAAGACAAAAGAAACAAUAAAUAAAUAGAAAUUUGUAAACUCAUGGGUUCUAAAAACAGUUCUCAAAGUCUAAGUUUUCAUCAGAAUUUUCAAACACAUCAGUUUUAGAUGUCUAAUCGUUUGGUUUUUCUUGUGUUAUUUUGUCUGUGUUUUUUCAAUCCUAAACAUAUCUCGUUCCAUUAUUUAUUUCUUCUGCAAUAUAUAUUUAUUUAAAACGUUUGCAGACAGCAUUAUUCCAAUCUGGCCAAGGUCUGUACAGUAGCCACCUCAGACCUGUUUACCCUCAAGCUCUUAAAAUUGUACAAUAUCAUCACAAAAUCGUUCAAUACAUUAUCUUAAUAGUAAAAAAUAAACAUAUAGUAUAUAUAAAAUCAUACAUUGUACGCCAAAAUUGUAAGAGUAAACAUGUCUGGCAUUUAGAUUUUAACUGGAUUGUGGGACAGACAUUGAAAUAGUUUUCCAGUGUUUGUACAAAUAUAUUCCAUGCCAUGCGCAUUUCAUAUGAUAAUAAUAAUUAGAAACAGACACUGAAGCUGUUUGGAUAACCGAUGUUUCGGAUACUAAAUGUUCAGAAUAUUGGCUCCACUGUAUAUAUAAACAUUUUUAGAAUUCACUUCAAUACAAUUCUGAACGUUUGUUGAACCUGCUUCAGAGUUUUUCAAUUGGUUUUUUUUUCAGUAAAGUGGUUGGAGCCAAUAAGUUCUACAUGACUGUCAGUCCUGUGGAUGGUCGGCUGUACAUCUCUGACUUCAUGAGUGUCAAGGUCAUUCGUGUGCGAACAAUGGGCCCCGUUCCCGAUUUGACCGAUAACUUUGAAGUGGUGGCGGGGAACGGGGAGGAAUGCCCAACGUCAGAUCCUCAUCGUUGUGGGGAUGGAGGACCAGCUGUGGAAGCUACACUCAGACAUCCUAAAGGUUGGGGCUUAAGCCACUUUGUUAUACCAAUUUGAUAUACAGAAUUUUUUUUGCCUAGGUGAAGCAGCACUUUGGACUUAGGUCAAAUACUUUGGCCGGUCCUCUUUCAGCAUUUAGCCCAUAGGUGGAGGAGUGUAUUUUGCUCAUGGUCACUCUUCCCACAGAAAGUUGUCUUAAUGAGCUGAGAAGUCAAAUCCAGCCAGCAGUUUGUCCAUUGCUGGUGAUUAAUGAAAUGAAUUUAACCCGCUGUCUCUUUGUAACAGACAUGCUAAUAUUGUGCCACAGGCCGCCUGCUGGUUAACUUAAUUGAUUACUAAGUUUUUGAACAAUAUUGUCUUGUAAAAAAGCACAUGCCUCAAUGGGGGAAGAGAUUCCAGUAGCCUGCCUGAAUGUUUUUGGGCCAAAGGUUCUGGAAAACUUCUCAGAAAUUGUUGGUACCAAUGAAAUUAUCCAACUAAACAUCUAUGCUGUGAUUAGUUCUUUUUCACACAUUGAUAAUCACACAGCCCGUAAAACUUUGCAUGAGUUUCAACGUUUUAAGGGAUCUGUUGGUAUUUUACCAGAAAGCUCCUUUUAUAACCAGUUUGUCACAGAUUUCACAUCACUGCAUACUGACAUAAUUUAAACCUUAUAUAAAAGCUGAAUUUUUUUUUUAUUUAUUUUUUUUUUUAUUAACCUCUGACUUUUCAAACAACAAAAAGCAAAAACUCUCCUUUCUUUACUUCACUAAAUAAAGCAUAUAAUAAAAGCUCUAAGUCUAAAUACGUUUCUGUCAAAUAAUUUUCAGGCAUUGCUAUAAAUAAAGACGGCACAAUUUACAUUGCUGAUAGUGCAGCCAUAAGAAGGAUAUCUCCUGAUGGGAUUAUAACCACUUUAAUUGGUUCACAAGCUCAACCAAGAGAGUGGACUCCCAUGCCUUGUGAUGAUAUCCUGUCGGCUGAGAAGGUAAUUUUUAAUUUCUAAACUUUGCUGUUAUGUCCUUUCAGCUGAGAAGGUAAUUUUAACAUCUAAACCUUGCUGUGAUAUCCUUACAACUGAGAAGGUAAUUUUAACAUCUAAACCUUGCUGCGAUAUCCUUUCAGCUGAGAAAGUAAUUUUAACAUCUAAACCUUGCUGUGAUAUCCUUACAACUGAAAAGGUAAUAUUAACUUCUAAACCCUCCUGCGAUAUCCUUUCAGCUGAGAAAGUAAUUUUAACAUCUAAACCUUGCGGCGUUAUUCUUUCAGCUGAGAAAGUCAUUUUAACAUCUAAACCUUGCUGCGAUAUCCUUUCAGCUGAGAAGAGAAUUUUAACAUCUAAAACCUUACAGUGAUAAACUUUCAGCUGAGAAGGUAGUUUUAACAUCUAAAAACUUACGGUAAUAACCUUUCAGCUGAGAAGGUAAUUUUAACAUCUAAACCUUGCUGCGAUAUUCUUUCAGCUGAGAAGGUAAUUUUAACAACUAAACCUUGCUGCGAUAUCCUUUCGGCCGAGAAGGUAAUUUUUACAUCUAAAACUUGUGGUGAUAUCUUGUCAGCUGAAAAAGUAAUUAUAACCUCUAUGCCUAUGUUUAAAAUCUGAUAUAUUAUUUUUGUUCCAGUGCUUUUGACAAAGUUCACUGUAAAACAGUUUUCAACUUAUUUGCACAGGUAACACUCAAGUGGCCUACCGCUUUAAGCAUCAAUCCACUGGACGAUUCUCUCCACAUCCUUGACUACAACAUUGUGCUGAAACUGACCAGUGAUUUUAAAUUGGUGACCAUCGCUGGCAGGCCAUUAUACUGCCCGCCACGCCACUCAUCAUUUUUACCCAUCGGCGUAUUAUCAGAUGACGAGCAAGCAUCCAACGUAGCGGACCAUGUCAAUCUGGUUGCUCCUAGGAGCAUUACCUUUGGCCCCCAUGGAGACUUGUACAUUGUGGAGAGUGAUAAUCAUCACAUCAACCGGAUCAGAGUGGUCAGCACAGAUGGCAGGAUUCAUCACUUUGCUGGUGCAAAGAGCAAAUGUGAUUGUGAACUGGUGUGUUUUUUAAAUUUUAUUCUAUAAUAAUUAAAAAGAAUAAUUAAAUUUAUUAUAGGUCUUCAAAACUUGCUUUCAAUUUGAAACAAGUGUGAGUUUCAAAACCAUUCUGACGUGUAGAGUAAACAGUUAAAGUUCAAUUCUCAACUGUCAGCUCUCAAGGUCAUGUAACUGACCAUUCAUGCUGUAGAGCAAAGAAAUGAAGUUAAAUUCUUAACUCAUCAUUAAAGUAAUGUGCAAUAAAAAUUAUUUAUAUAAUUUGGGUAAGUUGUCAUUGCUGUUGUGAGACCUUAAGUCCACUAGUUAACCUAACCUUCCAUCAUUGCUGUCAUGGGACCUAAAGUCCACUAGUUAACUUAAGCCUUCCAUCUUUAAAAAAAAAAGAAAAGAAUAUUCCUAAUACAUAACCUAGAUAUUUUAAAGUAUUGCUGAGACUCUACGAGCUUUUGUGAAAUCUUAAUGUAAAAUAUAAAGUUGGUGAUGAUUUUUCUGACAAACUUUGUGUUGGAGAAGAUGAAGCACAACAACAAAAAAUUUGAAUGGGGCGUUAAAAACAAAAUAAUUGUAUUACUGCUUAUCACUCUUUGCAAAUAAUUUCUUUUGAAGCAAAUAGUACUAACAAAUCAUAUUUUAAGCUUCAAACUUAAAUUGUGUCUCAAUAAAUAGUGCAUUUAUUUUAAGGCCAUUUGAGUAUUUAAUUACUGCAAUAAAAAUAAGUUACUUUAUCCAAUAACUCUGAAAGUUCAAUCUUUAGUACAGGCAAGCAUAUUUUUAACUUAAAUUUUUUUUCUUAAAAUUAACUAGAAAUAUGUGCUAACCAACAUUUAAUUUUUCUUUGUUUCCCCAGGAGAAGUGCACAUGUUUUAACCCUAGAGAAACUCUGGCAGCCCAGGCUUUGUUCAGUGAGAUCUCUGCUGUGACUGUCACACCUGAUGGUGUCCUUCAUGUUGCUGACGUUGGAAACCUCAGGGUUUUUUCCAUUGUUUCUGAACUGCCUGUUCUCCAGGAAGGCAGCUACGAGGUCAUGGCUCCUGAGACCCAAGAGCUCUACGUCUUUAAUAAAAAUGGCCAGCAUCAGCAGACGAUUAACAUCCAUACAGGACAGUACAUUUACAACUUCACCUAUAACGUGCUGUCUUCCUAUGGGAAACUGGUCAAUGUCAUUGAUGCUGCACAAAACAAAAUUAUCAUUAACAGAACUGGUGAGUCUCAUGCGUCUGAGCUUGUCCUGCCCUCGGGAAUGAAAUGUCUGCUGUCUAUGGAUAACAGACACAGACUUCAUAAAUACAAGGCUUCCAACAACUCCACCGCCACGUUUACCUACUCUGUCAAUACUGGGCUGUUGGAAUCAAAGCAGGACAGCAACGGCCAGACUUUCUUUUACCACUACGACGACACUGGGAGAUUGCUUACUGUUCGCCAGCCAACCGGUCAGAUCACCACGCUGACAACAGACAUCAACACAACUGGUUCGAUAGUCCAUGUGGCUACGGGUACGCGCCAUGUGAGCGCCAUGGCUACCUAUGGGAGCGUGCAAUCAGUUAUGCAUGGCAAGUUGCUUGCUUAAACACCUUUCUUUUUUCUCUUUCUGUCACUGCUUUAAAAUGAGCACAAAUGGGAAUUAUUGUUUUUUCCUUAACAGUCCUUUCUUUGUUUCAAUGAGAAAAAUACAUCAUUUGUAAAAUAUUGUAGAUAAAACGGGCUAUGUCAUCAUGUCUUGAUGGACAAAAGCACACAAUGUUCCACCCGAACCAAAGUUAUAUUAUAAAUUAUCAAUGAGUUUACACUUGAGCAUCACAUCUUAUGUCUCACUGCUCUCACUUUAUACUCCGCCACAUCUCACGCUGUCACAUCCCAAGCAGUCAUGCCUCGCUCUGCACUUUUCCUCACCUAACAUUGUUCUCUGCCACACCUCACUCACACACUGGUCUAACACCAUCUAUUCAUGCCCCACUCCAUUCUGACACAGAACUGUGAUAAAUGUAACAUAACAUAAAUUAUUAUUAAUGUAACAUUAUCCAAAAUUUUACUAACAUUUGAAAUAUUUUUUUAGUGUGUGUUAUGAUUUCAUGGAUGUGGUGUACUCAAGGUACGUGUUUUUACCAAAAGCACAGAAGACGUUUCACUCUCGGACACGAUUUUUAUUUGACAUUUCACUAUGACACAAUUUUUAUUACAUUUGCAGGGACAUGAUUGUUCUUAGACAUUUUGCUUUGACACAAUUUCCAUUAGACAUUUCACUAUUUUCACUAUGACACAAUUUUUUUUAGACUAUUUGCUAUGGGACACAUUUUUUUUCAUUUCACUAUGGAACAUCAGACAUUUCCCUAUGGCAAAAUUUUUAUGAAUGGUUAGAUACCUGUUUUUACUGAUUAUAUAUAAUUAAAAGGCUUUUUAUUUUCGUUAGUUUUUACAUUUGUGCUCAUUAGGCAUUUUUCUUCUUUUUAUCUCCAGAUCACCUCUAUUUCAAUUUUGUUUUCCUUGUUAGUUUUUGCCUUUAUUGGGAAAUUUUAAAACUAGAUUACAAAAAAAAAUUAUGUUAACCUCAAAAUACAGACUUAAGUUUUAUCUUCUGCCAAUCACUAAAAAAAAAAAAAAAUUAAUGACAUUAAUAAUUUUUCACCAUUAAAAUUCAUUCAUAUUGCCCCCCACUUAAAAGAAAUAUUAAGAUGCCAUUAGUCCCUGAGUUUAUUGUAAAUAAGGUUGAUCUUAAUAGUGUGUGAGACACAGCGUUUUUCUCAAUAUUAUUGAUGAGAAUCAUAGCAUUUACUUAAAAUUUGAUCAUGAAAACUCCACACCAAAUACAGGCGCUCAACUUGUCACAGUAGUAUUUUAACAUUGCUUACUUAUCAUACACCACACAUAUAAUUCAGCAUGCUGGCUCAGUUUUUUUUCUUUUAAUAACCUGUUCACAAAGUUAUUUGUUAAAUCAACAGUAAAAAAACAAGAUAUAAAUUUUAAGUAACACAAUUUAUGGUUAUAAUAUAUUUUUAAAAAUGUAUGAAAAGUUUGUUUUUUUUUAGUUGUAUAUUUGUAGACAAGAUUUUAAAAGUCUCGUUACAUAUAGAUUAUAAUUAGUCUUGCCUUUUUUUUUUCAUUUUACUUCAAAUCGAAGUUGUGUCCUAAUUCUUUUUAAAUUUGUCAAUAGUUUUAACAUUGUAACUUCAAAAGUAAAUCAAUAGGUAGUCAAGAAUCAAAGCUACUCAGACUAAAAUGCUAGAAUUUAAUUUCUACCAAGUGACUAUCAAACAAAAGUUUCAUUUUGAUUAAUCUAUUGUUGUCUCUAUGUCAAUGGUAGUCUCCAAAGCUCUGAGUUGAAAAAAGUUUAAAUUGAAAACUUGCUCAUUGUAAUAUUUCCAUACAGAAACACAAAGAAUUAAGCUUAAGCUUGAUCACCUGUCCAAAGUUGCUACAGCUUGUUUGUGGGUGGGAUAUUUUGUUUUUUUUAAAUAUAAUUACAAGUAUCCCAACGUUCGAAAUAAUUUUAAAAUGUAGAAACCAAUGGAUUAUUGCUAUAGUGUCUAAGACAGUAAGAAUAGUUUGAAAAAUUGUUCUGUGAGCAUCACUUUCCUGAUGGAUUAAUAGGUCAUCAUUGAGUGUGGCUGGUUGCUCAAUUUAUUACCUGUUAUUUGCCAUAGAUGCUACAUUUUUUAUUUGAUUUCUGUUAGUGAAAUCCAAUACUUUUGGAUGCACUGACUUUUACUACAGAUGACCUGAUUUUUCUACCAAGCAUAGUUUGUGUACAAAAUUGACCUAUGCAUGGCUUAAUAAUAAUUACCCUGGACAGUUGCAUUCACCUUAAGCCGAGCAUGUGUUUUGGCCUUCAUAGUAUUAGGCAGAUAUGAUUUCACCUGACAUUGCAUGGUGUUACUUCUCCUAUACAGAUCUGCAUGGUUUUACAGAUCCUUAGCAUAUUGUCAUUAUGCAGUUCUAAAAAAAAAUAAUUCUUAAGCAUAAGAUAAUGAUCUGGUUACAUCAGUAGAUCUAUAUUGAUCAGUCCUACCUAUUCAUGUAUUCUAUAGAUCUCAUCACAAAAAGGAACAUUUUAUAAUUUUUAACCCAUUUUCCAGUCUUUUUUUUUUUUUUUUUUUUUUCAGUUGAUUUUCUAGCUUUUACUGGCCUAUUUUCUAUGAAAUCCAAUGAUAACCUUACAUUUCUCUUUGUUUUGCUUACAAAAAGGAACUUUUUAUAAUUUUUUACCCUUUUUCCUGUCUUUUUUUUUUUUCUUUUUGUUCAGAUGAUUUUCUAGCUUUUACUGGCCUAUUUGCUAUGAAAUCCAAUGAUAACCUUACAUUUCUCUUUGUGUUGCUUAGAUUCAUUAAAUUUUUUUGAAUGGUUUGGUUGGUAUAACGUAGUGAUAGUUUGUUACUUUUACUAUUAAAGUGUGAUAGAUUGAAUGAAUCAUGGAUUUCAAGCAAAAAAAUCAAUGUUUUUUAAUAAGGAAAACUUUUAAGUUAAAACUAACAAAGUUUGGAAACAGAUUGUUCUCAAAAUCAUUUUAUUGGAAUCAGGAGUUACAGAGCUAAAUUUAAUCAAACAUCAUCCAUUAGGUUCUAACAUAUUCUAACUAAAACACAGAGCUGUUCUUAAUCCUACAUUAUGCAUUAGGCUCUAACAAAAUCUAACUAAAAUGACUUUGGAAUCAAUUAAGUGCCCUACUUAACAUAUAUACACCACUAUGCAAGAACAAUUAUAUAUCUCUCCCACCCCCCCCCCCCCCCCCCCCCUUCAACCCAUAAAGAAUUUUACUCCUAUCAAAAUAUAGAAAUGUUCAAUUUUACAAAUUUUUUCUUAAUUUUAAAAUUUUUUUGAUAGCACAAAGGUAGAAUUAAAUUUUUUUUAAAAGGUUAAAAAUUCAGCUGUAGUUUAUGUGUAAACAAAUUUUUCUAGUACUUCCUUUUUUUUUUCUUAUUAUUUUUUGUAUAUACAAGUUUCAAAUUAAAAUAACAGUACUAAUUUUUUUUUAAAUUUCAUAACUGACUUGUUGUACAUUUCAGGACUAACUAAUUUUUUAGAGCUAAUGAUUUUUCACACUAUUGUUGUGUUUGCUUAUCACGUUUGUCUCUAUCUUUCUCUUCCUGGCAGGAUCAACCCAAACUAAAGUAACUUAUCUACCAGAUGGGGCUGUUGUUGUACUGUUCCCAAGCAACCUGACUGUGGCUAUAGAAACUGGCAACCAUCCAAUCAUGGAGAAUGAGAAUCGCAUGCACUACAAACGGAAAGUCAUCGUGCCGGGAUCAUUAGUGCAUCGCCUGGAAUGGAGAUUUUAUUUGAGACGUGGUGGUCGCACUAGAUCAGCCAAAGUGACAGAAAAACUAAAUCAACGUUUAAGGAUCGGUGAUGUGGGUCGCCACACUGUUCACGAUGCUCUUGGUGGAG